ACCCUAACACCCAACACAGUACUCUGGCUGGAGGAACCCUAACACCCAACAGAGUACACGUGCUGAGGUAAACAGUGAUGGCGGCUGGGAAGGUGUACUCAGCCAUGACGAGGAGGAUUCCUCGUCAUGUACUCACCGCUUUUGAGAGACUGGUGGUGGAGGAUGUACUCCGGCAGUCCCAGUCCUCCAUCAUCAUCCUCAAGCAUGUGGAGGCUAAACUCAACAGCCAGGAAAUUGAGCUGGCAGAUGAUAUUAAAUAUAUCAUUCGUCGACUGGUUGGUGGGUUAAGGUCGAAUAGGUUACGAGCACGAGAAGGCUUCUACACUACGCUUCAAGCAUUACUGCAGCUUCAACCCUCUACUGUCAUGCUUACCUUUGAAGCUGUUAUUGAGAAAUAUAUCAAUGAAGCUGUUAGUAAACAUGAUGCCAAGGACAGGAUCAUGGGGGAAAUUCUGGCCUAUGGUGCGCUUAUUCGCUCGGGUCAAGCGAACACCACCUCAGAGAUGCAGUCGCACAUCAUUUCCCGAUUGUUUCAAAUUCGAAAAAUAAGAACAUACAUGGAUGUCAUGGCAAGCCAGUUCUUGGUCAUCCUCAUGGAGAAAUGUGAAGGAGGUGUUAUGUAUAAGGAUAUCUGGAAGCAUCUGGAAAAUGAGAUAUCGAAACCUGUGGAGCAGCUGUCGCCUUGUUCACUGUGGCUGCGUCUGGCGCUGCUCAGGACACACACACAUGAACCUCCACAGUGGCUCACUUCAACUCUACAGCCGAAAAAUUAUAUAUCCAUAGGUCAAGUUAUAAUGAAAACUAUGACGGAUCUACCCAAGGUUCAUCCAUUGUUGGAAGAAGUGGUGAAAAGCCUGAGCAGCAGUGCUCACACCACUGAGUCUCCGCUCAUACAAUUCUGGCUGAAAGUCUUGGAGCCCUGCUUAGCAUAUUCACCAGCCGCUAGAAUCAAGUUGCUCUUCAAUUUUCUGCAGCUGCUGCUUUCCAAGCUGAAGCGUGGGUGUGAGGUUGCUGCUGUGAUGACUAGUAAUGUGGUGACACUACUGGUAACUACUGUGUCCAGACACGAUAAUGAUCUGAGUUUAGCUGCUCGUGGCCUCGGAUCUGCACUGCUACAGCUGGUCACUGCCAACACUGAUGAAAGCAGUAAAGGCCUGGUGAUACCCCAGCAUUUUAGGUUUGACCCACUCACUGGCACGAAGUUACUGGCUCAAAUGAAAAUUCACUAUACAUUUAAUACCAUCAAGGGCUUUGCAGAAAUCUUGAAUAAGAUUAUGAAAAAGGAAAUUGAUAACGUGAAGCCUAUGGACGAGACGUGUGCAGCAUUUGCUUUAAGUAACCUGGUGAUGCACUCUAAGGUGGUGGGUGGUGAGCACCAAGCCUGGAGGACUCAGCAGCUCAUAGCACUCAUGAAGGUUGCACUCUUCACAAGUAACCCAGCUAAUUGUGAAGAGUUCAGAGGAGCUUUCUUUAAGAGUAGUGACAUGGAGAGUCAGGUGAGGUGUAUUGAAGACAUUACUUCAGUCAGAGGAAAAACACCUUGGUCACAUAAAUGGCUCAGUGGUAGUGUUGGAUUUGAGAAGCUGCCUAACUUGGCUCAGUUUAUAUGUUGUUACAGGUUAAUGUGCCCAGAGAUGACACACACAACACUCACUAUCCUCACUGAUGUCUUAGACCCGGCCAAUACUAAACAUCUCAUUAAUAAAGACACUGAUUGGUGCGAUGACCUCAACCCUGAGCAAGGUGACAUGCACAGUAAAGAUGAGCAAAGCAAUGAAAGUGAAGAGGAAAUAGAUGAAGAAAAUAAUCCAGAGAGUGAAAUGAAGUCAGAUUCAGGUGAGGAUGAUGAGGAAGAUGAUGAAAGUGAAGAUGAAAGUGGAGACACUUUAAACAUUCAUGGCCUCAGGCAGAAGAUGGUAGCUGUUGCUGGUGAUAUUGAUGUUGAUGUAGAUAUGGACAGCGUUCCUCAGGAGGAACUUGACAACUUAGACCGACAACUUGGUGCAGUCAUGGCAGCAUUUCAAAGCAAGCAGAAGGCCAAGAAGAAGGGAGGCCUUCAGAAGCUUCCCAAGGAUGAGAAGAACCUCAUGCACUUCCAGUCCAAAGUGUGCGGCUUGCUAGAAAUCUUCUUGAAGGAGUCGCCUGCCAUGGGUUUGCUCUUGGGUAUAAUUAACCCACUCUGCAUUGCCCUCUACAAUGCAGAUAAAGACACACGUAAGCAAGACCUUCAGAAUAAACUCAGGCGCCUCAUGUUCCUUGUGGGGAAGAUCAAGAAGUGUGACAGCCUUGGUGAUGCCACCAUUGAUGUAUUAAUGAACACCUUGGACAAUUUCUUCACUAAUGGAUUGGCGUUGUCGGACAGCUCCAUAGAUGUUGUACUAGAGUGCUACUUAAUGCUAUAUCGCUGUGGCUGCCAACUUCUGCAAGAAGAGAGCCACAAGCCAGACAAUCCUCUCAUUACCAUUUUUUACAACCACCUGGAACAUUGCUUUACUAAAAGCACUGGCUCAAUGAAGUGCUAUGCAUUCCACGAACCAUGUUGUUAUAAUCUUGGAGGCUUGUGGAGCAUUGUUGCACUCAUGACCAAGUUUGCCUUUGACCCGGAGGUCAGGGUGUUCCGACGUAUUGACGCAAUGCAGGUCCUACAUAAGUUGUAUAAGAACAGAUCUCUUGUGGCACAAGUGAACAUCAGCGAUACUGUCACCAUCGAAAGAGAACUCUCAAAUAAAAUAAUAUAUAUGCUGAGCUUUCUCAAGAAGAGUCCACAGUCAAUGUCUGGCCACUACAUGACAGCUCUCUACACUCUCCUGGUCGUCAUUCAUAAAAACCAUUCAUUGAGGAAUUCAGAGGAAAACUUUGACUGGGAGACUAUCAAAUCUCUAGUGUCAGAUAUCCGUCAGCUUAUUUCCAAGAAGAUUCUUCAUUCCUUCAGAGGACCUUACAACAGUCUUCAGCAGGCUCUCAAGUUACCAAAACUGGUUUGGUAA